AUGAGUACGGACGCAGAGAUGGCCGUUUAUGGCAAAGCUGCCAUUUACCUCCGUAAGCCUGAGAAGGAGAGAAUUGAGGCUCAAAGCAGGCCUUUUGAUGCAAAGACUGCUUGCUAUGUAGCUGAUCAAAAAGAGCUGUACCUUAAGGCUACAAUCAAGAGCAGAGAUGGUGGCAAAGUCACUGUUGAAGUGCUCACUACCAAGGAGGAGAGAACAGUUAAGGAGGAUGACGUCAGCCCCAUGAAUCCUCCAAAGUUUGACAAGAUUGAGGACAUGGCCAUGAUGACCCAUCUCAAUGAAGCCUCUGUGCUAUAUAACCUCAAAGAGCGUUAUGCAGCAUGGAUGAUCUAUACCUACUCUGGAUUGUUCUGCGCUACUGUGAAUCCCUACAAGUGGCUCCCAGUGUAUGAUGCAGAAGUGGUGGCUGCCUACAGAGGCAAAAAACGCAUGGAGGCCCCACCCCACAUCUUCUCUGUCUCUGACAAUGCCUAUCAGUUCAUGCUUACUGACAGGGAGAACCAGUCUGUCCUGAUUACUGGAGAAUCUGGUGCUGGAAAGACUGUGAACACUAAACGUGUCAUCCAGUACUUUGCCACCGUUGCAGUGCAGGGUGAGAAGAAAAAGGAGACUGCUGGCAAAAUGCAGGGAUCUCUUGAGGACCAGAUCAUUGCUGCCAACCCUCUGCUUGAGGCCUAUGGUAAUGCCAAGACUGUGAGAAAUGACAACUCCUCUCGUUUUGGUAAAUUCAUUAGAAUUCACUUCGGCACAAGUGGCAAACUGGCUAGUGCUGACAUUGAAACUUAUCUGCUGGAGAAGUCUAGAGUAACAUUCCAGCUUUCAGAUGAGAGAGGCUACCACAUCUUCUACCAGAUGAUGACCAACCAUAAGCCUGAGCUGAUCGAAAUGACUCUUAUCACCACCAAUCCCUAUGACUUCCCCAUGUGCAGUCAGGGUCAGAUCACAGUGGCAAGCAUUGAUGACAAGGAGGAGCUGGUUGCCACAGAUACGGCUAUUGACAUUCUGGGCUUCAGUAAUGAGGAGAAGAUGAGCAUUUAUAAAUUUACUGGAGCUGUUCUCCAUCAUGGUAACAUGAAGUUCAAGCAGAAGCAGCGUGAGGAGCAAGCUGAGCCAGAUGGCACAGAAGAGGCUGAUAAAGUUGCCUAUCUUCUGGGCUUAAACUCAGCUGAUAUGCUGAAGGCUUUAUGCUACCCUAGAGUAAAGGUCGGAAAUGAGUUUGUGACAAAGGGCCAGACUGUGCCACAGGUGUACAAUGCCGUGAGUGCCUUAGCCAAAUCCAUCUAUGAGAGAAUGUUCUUGUGGAUGGUCGUACGUAUCAACCAGAUGCUGGACACAAAACAAGCUAGACAGUUCUUCAUUGGUGUGCUGGACAUCGCUGGAUUUGAAAUCUUUGAUUUCAACAGCAUGGAGCAGCUGUGCAUCAACUUCACCAAUGAGAAGCUGCAGCAAUUCUUCAACCACCACAUGUUUGUCCUGGAGCAAGAAGAAUACAAAAAGGAGGGUAUCGUUUGGGAGUUCAUUGACUUCGGCAUGGACUUGGCUGCUUGCAUUGAGCUCAUUGAGAAACCCAUGGGUAUCUUCUCCAUCCUUGAAGAAGAGUGCAUGUUCCCCAAGGCAACAGACACCAGCUUCAAGAACAAGCUCUACGAUCAGCAUCUUGGAAAGUGCAAUGCUUUCCAGAAGCCCAAGCCUGCCAAAGGCAAAGCUGAAGCUCACUUUUCUCUGGUUCAUUAUGCUGGUACUGUGGACUACAACAUCGCUGGCUGGCUGGACAAGAACAAGGACCCACUGAACGAGUCUGUCGUGCAGCUGUACCAGAAGUCUUCAGUUAAACUGCUGGCUACCCUCUACCCACCUGUUGUUGAAGAGACUGGCAAGAAGGGAGGCAAGAAGAAGGGUGGUUCAAUGCAGACUGUCUCCUCACAGUUUAGGGAGAACUUGGGCAAGCUUAUGACCAACUUGAGGAGCACUCAUCCCCACUUUGUGCGCUGCCUGAUUCCUAACGAGUCUAAAACUCCAGGUCUCAUGGAGAACUUCCUGGUUAUCCAUCAGCUGAGAUGUAACGGUGUGCUGGAGGGUAUCAGAAUUUGCAGAAAAGGUUUCCCCAGCAGAAUCCUCUAUGGGGACUUCAAACAAAGAUACAAAGUGCUGAAUGCUAGUGUCAUCCCAGAGGGUCAGUUUAUUGACAACAAGAAGGCCUGUGAGAAGCUUCUAGGAUCCAUUGAUAUCGACCAUGACCAGUAUAGAUUUGGACACACUAAGGUGUUCUUCAAAGCUGGCCUGCUGGGUACUCUUGAAGAGAUGCGAGAUGAGAAACUGGCUGCUCUGGUCACAAUGACUCAGGCUGUUUGCCGUGGUUACCUCAUGAGAAGAGAGUUUGUUAAGAUGAUGGAGAGGAGGGAGUCCAUUUAUACCAUCCAGUACAACAUCCGCUCAUUCAUGAAUGUCAAACACUGGCCAUGGAUGAAGGUGUACUACAAGAUAAAGCCUCUCCUGAAGAGUGCUGAAACUGAGAAGGAGCUGGCCACCAUGAAAGAAGACUUUACAAAAUGCAAGGAAGACUUGGCCAAAGCUGAGGCCAAAAAGAAGGAGCUUGAGGAGAAGAUGGUGUCUCUGCUUCAAGAGAAGAAUGACCUGCAACUUCAAGUGGCAUCUGAAGCUGAAAAUCUUUCAGAUGCUGAGGAGAGAUGUGAGGGUCUGAUAAAGAGCAAAAUUCAGCUUGAAGCUAAACUCAAAGAAACAACUGAGAGAUUGGAGGAUGAAGAAGAAAUCAAUGCUGAGCUGACUGCCAAAAAGAGGAAACUGGAGGACGAGUGCUCUGAGCUCAAGAAGGACAUUGAUGACCUGGAGCUUACCUUGGCUAAAGUGGAGAAGGAGAAACAUGCCACUGAAAACAAAGUCAAGAACCUCACAGAGGAGAUGGCAGCUCAAGAUGAGAGCAUUGCUAAACUCACAAAGGAGAAGAAAGCCCUCCAAGAGGCACACCAGCAAACUCUUGAUGAUCUCCAGGCAGAGGAGGACAAAGUCAACACUCUGACAAAGUCUAAAACUAAGCUUGAGCAACAAGUGGAUGAUCUGGAGGGCUCUCUUGAGCAAGAAAAGAAGCUCCGUAUGGACCUGGAGAGAGCCAAGAGAAAGCUUGAGGGUGACCUGAAACUGGCUCAAGAAUCCAUCAUGGACCUGGAGAAUGACAAACAGCAAUCUGACGAGAAGUUAAAAAAGAAAGACUUUGAAAUUAGCCAGUUUCUUAGCAAGAUUGAGGAUGAGCAAUCUCUGGGUGCUCAGCUUCAGAAGAAGAUCAAGGAACUUCAGGCCCGUAUUGAGGAGCUAGAGGAAGAGAUUGAGGCUGAGCGUGCUGCUCGUGCCAAGGUUGAGAAGCAGAGAGCUGAUCUCUCCAGAGAACUCGAGGAGAUCAGUGAGAGGCUUGAGGAGGCUGGAGGAGCAACUGCUGCUCAGAUUGAGAUGAACAAGAAGCGUGAGGCUGAGUUCCAGAAGCUGCGUCGCGAUCUUGAAGAGGCCACCCUGCAGCAUGAAGCGACUGCUGCUGCCCUGCGCAAGAAGCAGGCAGACAGCGUUGCUGAGCUUGGAGAACAAAUCGACAACCUCCAGCGUGUCAAGCAGAAGCUUGAGAAAGAAAAGAGUGAAUAUAAAAUGGAGAUUGAUGAUCUCUCCAGCAACAUGGAGGCUGUUGCUAAAGCCAAGGCAAAUCUUGAGAAAAUGUGCAGAACCCUUGAGGAUCAACUAAGUGAAAUCAAGACCAAAAAUGAUGAGAAUCUGCGCCAAAUUAAUGACCUCAGUGCUCAGAAGGCCAGGCUCCAGACUGAAAAUGGUGAGUUUGGACGCCAGCUAGAAGAGAAGGAGUCUUUGAUUUCUCAGCUGACCAGAGGCAAACAAGCUUUCACUCAACAAAUUGAUGAACUGAAGAGACAGAUUGAAGAAGAAGUUAAGGCAAAGAACGCCUUGGCCCAUGGAUUGCAGUCUGCUCGUCAUGACUGUGACCUCCUCAGGGAGCAGUUUGAAGAGGAGCAGGAAGCUAAGGCUGAGCUUCAACGUUCAAUGUCAAAGGCCAACAGUGAGGUUGCACAGUGGAGGUCUAAAUAUGAAACUGAUGCCAUCCAGCGCACUGAGGAGCUUGAGGAGGCAAAGAAGAAGCUGGCACAGCGUCUGCAGGAGGCUGAGGAGCAAAUUGAGGCUGUGAACUCCAAGUGUGCCUCUUUGGAAAAGACCAAGCAGAGACUCCAGGGUGAGGUAGAGGACCUCAUGAUUGAUGUGGAAAGAGCCAAUGCCUUGGCUUCCAACCUUGACAAGAAGCAGAGGAACUUUGACAAGGUGCUGGCAGAAUGGAAGCAGAAGUAUGAGGAAGGCCAGGCAGAGCUGGAGGGAGCCCAGAAGGAGGCUCGUGCUCUCAGCACUGAACUCUUCAAGAUGAAGAACUCUUACGAGGAAGCUCUUGACCAACUGGAGACCCUCAAGAGAGAAAACAAGAAUCUGCAACAGGAGAUCUCAGACCUGACUGAACAGAUUGGUGAGACUGGAAAGAGCAUUCAUGAGCUGGAGAAGGCCAAGAAGGCAGUAGAGACUGAGAAGGCAGAGAUUCAGACUGCCCUGGAAGAGGCUGAGGGUACUCUAGAACAUGAGGAGUCCAAGAUUCUUCGUGUCCAGCUUGAGCUCAACCAGGUCAAGAGUGAGAUUGACAGGAAGCUUGCAGAGAAAGAUGAGGAAAUUGAGCAGAUCAAGAGGAACAGCCAGAGGGUAACUGAGUCCAUGCAAAGCACUCUGGACUCUGAGGUCAGGAGCAGGAAUGAUGCUCUGAGGAUUAAGAAGAAGAUGGAGGGAGAUCUCAAUGAGAUGGAGAUUCAGCUGAGCCAUGCCAAUAGGCAGGCUGCCGAGGCUCAGAAACAACUGAGGAAUGUGCAGGGACAACUCAAGGAUGCCCAACUGCAUCUUGAUGAUGCUCUGAGAGGACAAGAAGACAUGAAGGAACAGGUGGCCAUGGUGGAGCGCAGGAACACUCUGAUGUUGGCAGAGAUUGAAGAGCUCAGAGCUGCUCUGGAGCAGACAGAGAGAGGUCGCAAGGUGGCCGAGCAAGAACUGGUGGAUGCCAGUGAGCGUGUUGGACUGCUGCACUCCCAGAACACAAGUCUGCUGAACACCAAGAAGAAGCUUGAGGCUGACCUUGUUCAAGUUCAAAGUGAGGUUGACGACACUGUGCAGGAAGCAAGAAAUGCAGAGGAGAAGGCCAAGAAAGCAAUCACUGAUGCUGCCAUGAUGGCAGAAGAGCUCAAAAAGGAGCAGGACACCAGCGCUCACCUGGAGAGGAUGAAGAAGAACCUUGAGGUCACAGUCAAGGACCUGCAGCACCGCCUGGAUGAGGCUGAGAAUCUGGCCAUGAAAGGAGGAAAGAAACAACUCCAGAAAUUGGAGUCCAGGGUUCGUGAGCUGGAGGCUGAAGUUGAGGGUGAACAGAGAAGGGGAGCUGAUGCUGUUAAGGGUGUCCGCAAAUAUGAAAGAAGAGUGAAGGAACUCACCUACCAAACUGAGGAGGACAAGAAGAAUGUCAACAGGCUACAGGAUCUGGUUGACAAGCUGCAGCUGAAGGUCAAAGCUUACAAGAGACAAGCUGAGGAAGCGGAGGAACAAGCCAAUGCCCACCUGUCCAAGCUCAGGAAGGUGCAGCAUGACCUGGAGGAGGCUGAGGAGCGAGCUGACAUUGCUGAGUCUCAGGUCAACAAGCUCAGAGCCAAGAGCCGUGAUUCUGGAAAGGCCAAAGAAGAGUAAAUCAGCUUGAUUCUGCUGUGGUUAUACAAUAUGACUACGUAGCAGCACCAGUCUUUUGUUCAAUUUCUGUUAAAUAAACCUGUAUAUAGCAG